AUGAUGCAGCAGCAGCUGCAGCAAAAGAAAGAGGGCUGCAGCAGCUGGAGCAGCAAAAGAAAGAAAGCUGCAGCAGCAGCUGCAGCAACAGAAAAAAAGCUGCAGCAGCAGCUGCAGCAAAAGAAAGAAAGCUGCAGCAGCAGCUGCAGCAACAGGAAAAAAGCUGCAGCAGCAGCUGCAGCAGCAGCUGCAGCAAAAGAAAGAAUGCUGCAGCAGCAGCAGCAGCAGCAGCAAAAGAAAGAAUGCAGCAGCAGCAGCAGCAGCAAAAGCUUUGCGUCAGCCGGGACUCGAACCCGGGUCGCAACCUUGGGAGGGUUGCAUCCUACCCCUGGACUACUAACGCGACAGCAGCAGCAGCAGCAGCAGCAGCAGCAACACGAGCAGCAGCAGCAGCAGCAGCAGCAGCAGUAG